UCUCCAUUUUCUUCCAUCAAAUUUUCCCGGAAUUCAAUUUCCAAUCAUUACUUCACAAGAAAAUCUUGUCCAUAUUGUUCAUCAAAAGCUUUCUUAUUUGUUCUUUGAAGAAUAUAUAUACAAUCAUGGAGGUUGAGAUGUUGGCUGAUUCGUUGAUGAAAGUGUUUAUGUUCUUAAUUGUUCAAGCACUUGUUUAUUUGAUUCUUUCGAAAUCCUCCAACGUUUUCUCCAACGACAAGAUGAGGUCGUUUAGCUUCAAACGAGCUCGUUCGAUGAGUAUUCGACGGAUUCUGGCUUCCGUUUCGGAUUUACCUCAAGGGGUCGAGUCGCCUCCAUCGUCGUCACCGCCGCCUUUGGUGUCAUCGAGGAGUUUGAGGUCGUCGACUAGGAAAUAUGGUGAAGAACAUGAGUCUCAUUAGAAUACACUCUUCUUUCUUUUAGUUUGGUGUGAAAUGAUUUUCUUUUUAUUAUUCUUUGGUUAUUAUUGUAGUGUUUAUGAAAGGAAUUUGUGUUUUUUUUCUUUUUAAUUGUAAAGGAUUUGUAUGCAUAGAUUACUUUGGUUAAUUUAGUAUUAUUGAGCUUCAAUUCAGUUAUAAAAUUAUUAAAA